AUGGCACCCCGAAGCACCACCACCACACGAAAACGAGCCCGUCCAUCCACCGAGCAAGACGCCCCAACGAUGGCAAAGAAACGCCGAGUUAAAGCCUCGGGGGAGACGCCCGUUGAUGGGAACGCUAAUGAUGGAGUAAACGGCCAAAACAAAGAACCAACAAAGGCCGCAAAUGGGACGUCACGGCGGUCUGGUCGCAGCACAAAGGCUGCGCCAACUGCACCGGCUGCACCACCGUCUGAUGGGAAGCAGCCGAAGACGGCUAGUCGACGGACUACGGCGGCGGGAAAAGCGAAGUCUGCGGGUGCUAGUCAGAAGGACAGUGUGUAUGAUGUACCCGACUCCGGGGAAGAUGAGCAGGGCACGGCGACGGGGGCACCGAGGAGAAAACUCCAGAAGAAGGACGCUGCGCCAGUUGCUAAGCCAGUUGAGAGUGAGAUCGUAUCUGCUCCGGUGGUGGCCCCAGCUAGUGGGGAGCAGCAGCCCGUCAUCUUGAAGAGGAAGCGCGGUCGGCCGAGUAAACAGGAUCGGGAAGCUCGUGCUGCGCUGGAGCGGCAAGGGCUUAUUGCGCCGGCUGCGCCGAAACGGGGGGCAGCUCAAGCGAAACAGCCGGUGGUUAGCGGUGAUGAUGAGGGUUGUGUUAAUGGUGUUGACACACAGACGACGACGACUCAACCACGGCAACCGCAGAAGAGGGACCGAGCUAAGAAAUUAAUGUCCGAUGCUGCGGUUCUGCCAAAGGGGAUUUUGACGCCACGGAAAGAGAAAGGGAAGCGUGGGCUUGGCCGGCCGCCGAAGAGUGUUGCGUUUGACGGCUUGAUCGAUGAGAAGGUCUUGGAUGGCUUGGCUGCAACGUCGCUGUCAAAGUCGGCCAAGAAACGCCGCGAGGCUGCCGAGGCGGUAGAGGAGAUGCAGGUUGCUGGGGGUGAGGAAGACGAGGACGGGGAUGAGGAGGAAGAAGAUGAAGAGGAUGAGGAAGUCUGCGCCAUCUGCUCCAAGCCCGACUCGAAGCCGCCCAACGAGAUCGUCUUUUGUGAUAACUGCGAUACACCCGUGCACCAACAAUGCUACGGGCUCGCAGAGGUGCCCGAGGGCGAUUGGAUCUGCCGCAGUUGUUCGCAGGAGGAUGCGACGGCUACAGCUGCUACAGUUUCUACCGCAGGUGCAGUCGACGGCAUGGUGAAUGGGAUAUCUUCUGUUGUCGCGCGCGGUGGCGAAGCGUUGAAGCCGGAUAUUCCCAACUUUGAUCUGCACUUGCGCUCGGCACAGCGUGUGCUGCUGGACCGGUGUGCUGGUAGGCGACGGAUCAAGCUAUGGGGGCAGGCUGAGGCAUAUGACAAGGCGUACCAGCUAGUGAAGCAGACUGUGGUCGCAGGUGAGGGGAACUCGAUGAUGAUCAUCGGGGCAAGAGGAUGUGGGAAGACUACGCUGGUGGAAUCCAUCAUUACCGAUUUAUCGAAACAGCAUGAGCAGCAGUUCCACGUCGUCAGGCUGAGUGGGUUCAUCCACACAGAUGACAAACUGGCCCUGAAGGAGAUCUGGCGGCAGUUGGGCAAGGAGAUGGAGGUGGAGGAUGAACUUGUCAACAAGGCAUCGCAGACCACCAACCACGCGGAUACCAUGGCCUCACUCCUGGCCCUACUCUCCCACCCUUCGGAGAUCGCAGAAACCCAGGACGGGGUGACGUCGCGAUCCAUUGUCUUCGUGAUCGAUGAGUUUGACCUCUUCGCAACACACGCGCGGCAGACGCUGCUGUACAACCUAUUCGAUAUUGCGCAGGCCCGCAAGGCGCCGAUCGCAGUAUUGGGGUUGACCACACGCAUCGACGUGGUUGAAAGCCUCGAGAAGCGCGUCAAGAGUCGGUUCAGCCACCGGUAUGUGUACCUGUCGCUGCCCAAAAGCCUCCCGGCGUUCUGGGACGUGUGCAAGCAGGGGCUGAGCGUGGAUGACGAGGACAUGGUGGCUGAGGGAAUCGAUGAGGCGCUGGAGGGACACGUGGCGUUUUGGGGGUGGUGGAAUGGCAAGAUUGAUCGCUUCACCAAGCAUCUCGAGUCACACUUCUUCGCCACCAAAUCCGUCUCGGCUUUCCUCACCACCUGCCUCCUCCCGCUGGCCUCACUCUCACCCACUAACCUAGGACUCACCAUACCUGCGGGGCAUGUCUCCGUUUCCGUGGAACCGCCCGACUCCAAACUGCACCUCCUCCCCUCGCUCUCGGACCUGGACCUGUCCCUCCUCAUCGCAGCCGCCCGCCUCGACAUUGUGGCGCACACGGACACAGUCAACUUUGCCAUGGCGUACGACGAGUACACGGCACUGAUGGGCCGACAGCGGGUGCAGAGCGCGAGCUCGGGGAUGUUAGCCCUGGGUGGAGGUGCGCGAGUCUGGGGUCGCGGUACUGCUGGGAUCGCGUGGGAGCGACUAGUAGCGUUGGGUCUACUGGUACCCGCAGCUGCGGGCGGGAGAGGUACGGCAGGGUUAGGGGGGCUGGAUGCGAAGAUGUGGAAGGUGGAUAUAGCUUUGGAGGAGAUGCCCGGGGCGGUGAAGUUGAAUGCGGUACUGGCGAGAUGGUGUAGGGAGAUUUGA